GACCGGGAAAAGCGAGCGGCAGCGGCGGCGGGGCGGCUGGCGGGUCGGGAAGCUGCACGCGUCAGCAGCUGUAGGCGACGCAAGUUCCGGACCUGGCUCCAGCGUCCUCACUCAGGACUGUCGCCGCUCUUACCUCGCUGCAGGCUGUCUGUCUCCCCCGACUGUGCCUCUUGUGUUCUGAGCUUUCCGAGGGCGUCCGCUCCUCGCCUCUGUGGUGGCACCUUUCUCUCGUGAAGCACUCCCCCCAGCUCCAUGAAUGGAAAUCGGCUCCGCAGGACCCAUUGGGGCCCAGCCCCUAUUCAUAGUGCCCAGAAGACCUGGGUAUGGCACUAUGGGCAAACCCAUUAAACUGUUGGCUAACUGUUUUCAAGUUGAAAUCCCAAAGAUUGAUGUCUACCUCUAUGAAGUUGACAUCAAACCAGACAAGUGUCCUCGAAGAGUGAACAGAGAAGUAGUUGAUUCAAUGGUUCAGCAUUUUAAAGUGACUAUAUUUGGAGACCGUAGACCAGUUUAUGAUGGAAAAAGAAGCCUUUACACAGCCAAUCCACUUCCUGUGGCAACCACUGGGGUAGAUUUAGAUGUUACAUUACCUGGGGAAGGUGGAAAAGAUCGACCUUUCAAGGUGUCAGUCAAAUUUGUGUCUCGAGUCAGCUGGCACCUACUACAUGAAGUACUGACUGGAGGGACUUUGCCUGAGCCACUGGAAUUAGACAAGCCUAUCAGCACUAACCCCGUCCAUGCCGUUGAUGUGGUGCUCCGACAUCUCCCCUCUAUGAAAUAUACGCCUGUGGGGCGUUCCUUUUUCUCAGCUCCAGAAGGAUAUGACCACCCUCUGGGAGGGGGCAGGGAAGUAUGGUUUGGAUUCCAUCAGUCUGUUCGGCCUGCCAUGUGGAAAAUGAUGCUAAAUAUUGAUGUUUCUGCCACUGCCUUUUACAAAGCACAACCUGUAAUUCAGUUCAUGUGUGAAGUGCUUGACAUUCACAACAUUGAUGAACAACCCAGACCCCUGACUGAUUCUCAUCGGGUAAAAUUCACUAAGGAGAUAAAAGGUCUGAAAGUUGAAGUGACUCAUUGUGGAACAAUGAGACGGAAAUACCGUGUUUGUAAUGUAACGAGAAGGCCUGCCAGCCACCAAACCUUUCCUUUACAGCUAGAAAAUGGCCAAACUGUGGAGAGGACUGUGGCUCAGUAUUUCAAAGAAAAGUACACACUGCAGCUGAAGUACCCACACCUUCCCUGUCUGCAAGUGGGGCAGGAGCAGAAGCAUACAUACCUGCCACUAGAAGUCUGUAAUAUUGUGGCUGGGCAAAGGUGUAUCAAGAAACUAACGGACAAUCAGACUUCAACAAUGAUAAAGGCAACAGCAAGAUCUGCACCAGAUAGACAAGAGGAAAUUAGCAGAUUGGUAAGAAGUGCAAAUUAUGAAACAGAUCCAUUUGUUCAGGAGUUUCAGUUUAAAGUGCGGGAUGAAAUGGCCCAUGUGACGGGACGUGUACUUCCAGCACCUAUGCUCCAGUACGGAGGACGGAACCGGACAGUAGCCACACCCAGCCACGGAGUGUGGGACAUGCGAGGAAAACAGUUCCACACAGGAGUUGAAAUCAAAAUGUGGGCUAUCGCUUGCUUUGCCACACAGAGGCAGUGCAGAGAAGAAAUACUGAAAGGUUUCACAGACCAGCUUCGGAAGAUUUCCAAGGAUGCAGGGAUGCCCAUCCAGGGCCAGCCAUGCUUCUGCAAAUACGCACAGGGGGCAGACAGCGUGGAGCCCAUGUUCCGGCAUCUCAAGAACACCUACUCAGGACUGCAGCUCAUUAUCGUCAUCCUGCCCGGGAAGACGCCAGUGUAUGCGGAAGUGAAACGUGUAGGAGAUACACUUUUGGGUAUGGCCACACAGUGUGUGCAAGUCAAGAAUGUAAUAAAAACAUCUCCUCAAACUCUUUCAAACUUGUGCCUAAAGAUCAAUGUUAAACUUGGAGGAAUCAAUAAUAUUCUUGUACCUCAUCAAAGACCUUCUGUGUUCCAGCAACCAGUGAUCUUCCUGGGCGCAGAUGUCACACACCCACCUGCUGGUGACGGAAAGAAGCCCUCCAUUGCUGCUGUUGUAGGUAGUAUGGACGCCCAUCCAAGCAGAUACUGUGCCACAGUAAGAGUUCAGAGACCCCGACAGGAAAUCAUCCAGGACUUGGCCUCCAUGGUCCGGGAACUGCUCAUCCAAUUUUAUAAGUCAACCCGAUUCAAACCUACUCGUAUAAUCUUUUAUCGGGAUGGUGUUUCAGAAGGGCAGUUUCGACAGGUAUUAUAUUAUGAGCUACUGGCAAUUCGAGAGGCCUGUAUCAGUUUAGAAAAAGACUAUCAACCUGGAAUAACCUACAUUGUUGUUCAGAAGAGACAUCAUACGCGGUUGUUCUGUGCUGAUAGAACAGAAAGGGUUGGAAGAAGCGGCAACAUCCCAGCUGGAACCACGGUGGAUACCGACAUUACUCACCCGUAUGAAUUCGACUUUUAUCUCUGUAGCCAUGCUGGAAUACAGGGUACCAGCCGUCCUUCACACUAUCAUGUUUUAUGGGAUGACAACUUCUUUACUGCAGAUGAACUUCAGCUGCUCACUUACCAGCUCUGUCACACUUACGUACGCUGUACAAGAUCUGUUUCUAUCCCUGCACCAGCAUAUUACGCUCACCUGGUGGCAUUCAGAGCCAGAUAUCAUCUUGUGGACAAGGAACAUGACAGUGCUGAAGGAAGCCAUGUUUCAGGACAGAGCAAUGGGCGAGAUCCACAAGCUCUUGCCAAGGCUGUACAGAUUCACCAAGAUACCUUACGCACAAUGUACUUCGCUUAACAAGUCCAAGUUUAUUCUCCGAGACAAAGAGAUGAAAAGUGAAUCAACAUACAAUGUAUGUUUCCAAUGGAGUCAAUUUGCUGGGGAGGCCUCCAGCCAUACAGAAGCCAGUACUAUGUAGAGGUCUGGUCCUUAAGUUGAUCCAAGGAAAAUCGUUUACACCGUCAAAGAAUGCAGCACCAUUGUACACUAGGGAGCCAGCCCGCUGCUUUUUUGCCGUCUCCUGUAGAAGAUACAUCACCGUUGUUUAUUCUUACUUCUUACAGUCUAACCCUUUUAAUGCCUUUACCUCAAGUUGCUUAGCAGCACAACUAUCUCUGCAAAAAAGUAAAGAAAAAGUGAAUGGUGGCUUAAAAACACACAAUUACACAAAUAAUGAUUGUUCAGUUAUAUGUGCAGAAAAAGUAAUGUGCAUCUAUUCUUGUAAAGGAGUCUGUAUUUUCAAUACCCUCACAUUACUUCAUGUGCAUAUGUAUCUAGAUCUAGGUUACUGAUGUAUAUGUGUCUGUGUGUAUAUCUUAUAGUUCAUUUCCCUGGAGAACUCUCUUUCCUUAUAUCCCUCCUUAGGCCGCACUCAUUUCCUUUACUGUCUCCCUUGCCUUCAGCAUCUAUACUUUGGUCCCUAUAGCUACAAGUGACAUUCCUGUGUUCAUACAUCUGGUUCCCUUGAAGGAAAGUUUGACAAAUUAGACUUCUGGCUUUACUUUAUGUCCCUAUUCCUAGCUCCUUUCUCUCACACAGGAGUCCUCAGCUCUUGACGCUAUGUUUGUGAGCAUCUGCUCCCUUCUCUGGAUUUAUCACAUGUGCACUGUGUUUAGAAACAGUGGCAACCUGGGGAUUCUUUUCUGUAGUAAGUUUGUUAAAGCUGCUAUAAAUACGAAACCUUGUCGGACAUCUUUCAGAUCAGUGCAAAUAUUCUGAAGCCUCUGUUUGUAUGAGUUAUACCUGGAAAUUCCUCCAAAACUCUAUAGGAUGGAAAAAGGAAGGAAUUGGGGUUGGUUUGGUUUGGUUUUUUGCUAGUUUACUCACUGUCCUUAUACCUUAAUGUGAUUUUCUCACAUAUAAAUAUAUACACACACACACAUGUUGAAGUAUAGCUCCCUUUGCCUUUAUGUUCAUUAGAAUAGUGCUUUAAUAAUUAUAAACUAUAUUGGCUAUAUCUUUUCUAGAACUAGAAUCAUGUUUAAGAAUGAAGACAGUUUUUGCUCUCUUUUAGUGCAAUAAGCAAUUUUACAGGAAAGUCGUGUCUGUUGUCCUCAUCGUGGAUAACAGGAAGAACAGACAUCUGUAGUUUAAAGGGAACAAAGUAAUACAGCCUUAAUUUCAGAAGAAGAGCUUCAUAAUUUUCAGUUUUAAAGCAAUUCCUUAAAAAAAUUUUAGCCAAAGGAGUAAAACCUAUUAAAGCAUAGUUGAACUUAAGUUUUUAAAAAUGACAGUGAAC